UCAUCAGACUGAAGCUGGAGGCUUCAAAUGCGCAGACAGCAGCAUUAGAGAAGCAUUCAGCAACACGUCUUUACACAGAGAGAGAGAGAGCGAGAGAAACAGCAAAGAUGAAGCUACUCUGUUUACUUCUCUGCCUGAUUAGUGUGUCUUCAGCACUGUCCGAGAUUGACCCGAGGGGAGCUCGUCCAGUGGAGCCCGGCACCAGAAGUGAAAAAUGUGCCACUGAGAAGGAGUGGCCUUUCUGCACAGAUGCUGAAUGGGGCCCUAAAUGCCCAUCGGGCUGCAGGAUCCAGGGUCUGAUGGACAAAUAUGACCACAAUAUGCUGAAGAAGAUCGAGAAGAUCCGCAGCCUGCUGGAUCAGAACAAGGCCAAACACCGCUCCGCUGAUCAGGGGUCAAAGCAGACCUACGACUACCUGAGGGAGAAGCUUGUCACAGAUGCUGGUUCUGACAACAACUACCUUGACUUGGCCCAGAAUCUUCGUCAGAGGAUCACGGACAUGAAGAUUAAAAUAGAUCGACAGAUGAGGAUCUUGGCAGCCCUGAAGGAUCGGGUGAAAGCUCAGGUCACAGAGAUGCAAAAGCUGGAGAUUGAUAUUGAUAUCAAGCUUCGUUCCUGCAAAGGAUCCUGCGCUGGUUACGCUGCGUACCAGGUGGACCAGGAGAGCUACGUCACCCUAAAUAAACAGAUCCAGCAGCUGGAUUCUCAGUCACCCCAGAACAUCGAGACUGCAGGGACACUCUACGUGAUGAAGAGCAGGCCACUGCAGGACAUGGUUGUGGACAGUAUCUACAAAUCCAAGGACAUCGGCGUGGGAGUGGCAGGACAGCAGACCGAAAACAUGUUCCCUGAUGUGAGGACUGUCCAUUUGGUCUUGGAGGAGGAAGGCUCCAGCUCAUCCCCAGCAACUGUCUCCAAGGUCCCAGGUACUCCCCAGUCUUCGUCUACAUCCUCCUCAUCCUCCUCUUCCUCCUCCUCCUCCUCCUCAUCGUCAUCUGUCUCCACGUCAUCUAAAUCUAUUACUGAGAUCAGAGGACGUGGUGAUGGAGAUAUGGUUGGUUUGGGCGUCCAGCCCAGCACAUCUCACGUGUCCACCAAAAGCGUCACUUGCACCAAGAGCAUCAGAACAACGGUUGUUCAUACAGCAGAUGGGCCGGUGGAAAGGACGGAGGAGGUGAUUGGAGGUGGUCCUGAAUGCCAGAUGACAACAGGCUUCACCAAGGGAGGGAUUAGCUCCCUGUUUCCCUCUCUCAGUCAUGCAUCCUCGUCCUCUUCUGCUGGCUCCAUCAAGACUUCCCACAUCAGCAGCACCAAGGGCAGCAUCUCUGGAGAUACCAAAACUGGGUUCGGCGAUCCAUUUGAGGCUGACGUCGGGCUCGACCUUGGUGCGUUUCUUACUGACAAUACCGAAGAUGACGUUCCUGAUUUCCAUGCCCGGAGUGUGAAGAGCGCUUCACGAAUUGAACGGCAGGCAGAUUAUGUGGGAAAAGAUUGUGUCGAUAUCUACCAGAAGCAUCUGAAUGGGGAAACAAAUGGCCUGUUUAAGAUCAAACCUGGCGGGCCUGAAUCCAUGGCAGUAGUGGAUGUUUACUGCCAGCAGGAGGGGAUUAUGGGAGGGUGGUUGUUAGUCCAGCAGCGAGAGAGUGGCGCACUCAGCUUUAACCGCACCUGGGCUGAAUACCGUGAUGGGUUUGGUUCGGUGGAUGCUCAGGGCAAAGGCGAGUUUUGGCUAGGCAACCAGAACCUCCACCUGUUGAUUAAUCAGGGUGAGACUAUGCUGAAAGUUGAGCUGGUGGAUUGGGAAGGUGGUAUUGCCAGUGCGGAGUACACUGUAAGGGUGGGCACAGAGGAAGCGGGGUACCCGCUGCAUGUCUCUGCAUACACUGGAGAUGCUGGAGAUGCCCUGUUGAUGCCAAAGGCAUCUGACUUGUCCCACAAUGGAAUGAAAUUCAGCACCUUCGAUAAAGACAAUGAUCAGUCAGAGCAGAAUUGUGCAGAGAUGUAUGGGGGUGGAUGGUGGUACAAUAACUGCCAGUCAGCUAACUUAAAUGGGAUUUAUUACAAAGGCACAUAUGACCCAAAAGCAAAUAUGCCAUAUGAGACUGAGAAUGGAGUUGUGUGGGUGACAUACAAACCAGCAAAUUACAGCCUGAAAACUGUUCGGAUGUUUAUCCGACCAGCUGAUUUUUAAUUUUAAACUUGCAAAAUAGGUAAA